UCCUCGUCCCCGGCUCCGGCUGCUCCGCCGCCGGCGUCAUGUCCCGCGGUGGCGUAUUCAUCGGCGUCGACGUCGGCACCGGCAGUGCUCGCGCGGGCCUCUUUGAUGAGAAGAGUAAGCUUCUUGGCUCCGCAAGCAGCCCUAUACAGAUGUGGAAAGAUAAGGAUUGUGUAGAGCAAUCGUCAACGGAUAUCUGGCAUGCAGUGUGUGCUGCUGUAAGAUCUGCAUGCUUGCUGGCAAAUGUUGCCCCCGAGGAUGUUGCUGGCCUUGGCUUCACCGCUACUUGUUCUCUUGUUGCUGUCGGUGUUGAUGGUUCUCCUGUUUCUGUUUCUUCGGAUGGUGAUUCAAAAAGAGACAUCCUGGUCUGGAUGGACCAUAGGUCUGUUGACCAGGCUGAGAGAAUUAGUUCUCAGGGUUCACCAGUAUUGCAAUUUUAUGGUGGAGGUGUCUCUCCAGAAAUGCAAGCUCCAAAGCUUUUAUGGGUAAAGGAAAAUAUGCAAGAGUCUUGGUCUAUGGUAUGGAGGUGGAUGGACCUUAGUAACUGGUUAACAUAUCGGGCGACCGGUGAUGACACCCGCAGCUUAUCGCACAUGGAGCAGUGGAGGGCAUCAGAUUCAUCUGAUAUGGAACCAUGUGGAAGGGAUGAAGUCUUCUGGGCACAAAUAGGCCUGGGAGACCUUUAUGAAGGGAGCCGUGCAAAAAUAGGACACAGCGUUGCGUUUCCUGGUCAUCCUCUAGGUUCUGGUUUAACACCUACUUCUGCAAAGGAGUUAGGCUUGCUUCCUAGGACUCCGGUUGGAAUUUCGAUUCUUGAUGCUUAUGCUGGUGCUGUUGGAGUCUUGGAAAGUAUGUCGAAUGCAGAGUUUAAAGCUGACAUGUCUGAUGAGGAGGCAAUAUGCCAUCGCAUGGUUUUGGUUUGCGGAACAUCUACAUGCCACAUGGCUGUUUCAAAGAAAAAGUUAUUUAUCCCUGGUGUCUGGGGGCCAUUUUUGUCUGCAAUGAUACCUGAGUUUUGGCUCACGGAAUGUGGCCAGAGUGCAACUGGUGCUUUACUUGAUUACAUUGUUCAAAAUCAUCCUGCGGCUCCCCUUCUAGCUAAUCAAGCUGCUUCCCAAAAUCUGUCCAUUUGUGAGUUGCUGAACAAGAUGUUGCUUUCCAUGUCACAUGAACAAAAUAUGCCUUUUCUGUCUACAUUGAGUCAAGACACGCAUGUUCUUCCAGAUUUUCAUGGAAAUCGGUCCCCUGUGGCUGAUCCAAAAUCUAAAGGGGUGAUAUGUGGAUUGACACUUGAUACAAGUGAGAAGCAUUUGGCGCUUUUGUACCUUGCAACAAUUCAGGGCAUUGCUUAUGGCACUCGUCAUAUCGUGGAGCAUUGCAAUGCUCACGGGCACAAGAUUGACACUCUUCUUGCUUGUGGCGGACUUUCAAAGAACUCCUUGUAUAUCCAAGAACAUGCAGAUAUCAUAGGAUGUCCAAUAAUACUUCCUAGAGAGAACGAGUCUGUGCUGUUAGGCGCUGCUAUUCUGGGUGCUGUUGCUGCAAAGAAGUUCUCUGGCGUUCGUGAUGCAAUGAGAGCACUGAAUGCACCAGGGAAGGUUGUGUAUCCGUCUUUGGAUCCUAAGCUGAAGAAAUACCAUGACGCGAAAUAUCAGAUAUUCAGGUGCCUGUAUGAGCAACAGCUCUCCCAUCGCUCAAUCAUGGCGCGGGCAUUGCACUAGCGAUUUGUGACAUGACAUGUAUCAAGCGAGGAUGCUGCAUUCUUGUUCAUCCGACGCAUUUGUUGCCAUGUUUUCUUGCGUUAUUUACAUUUUUUUGGAAGUUUGAGUUAUUUACUUAUUUACAUGCAGUCAGUUUUGCUUCCAUGGUGGAACAGGAUGUACAAUGUCUCCAAAUUUGAUUGUAGGACAAGAUGACCCAUUGUGAUCGAAAUAUGUAGUGCGCUUAUAGCCCCUUUCUCGCUC